AUGCCUCUGCCCAAAAACAGAUCAAGAGGAGGAAUAGGAGGACGAGGAGGACGACCAAAAAGGAAAAAAACGUUCAAGAACAACGCGAAAGGCGAGAGGAAUACCAAAAGACGCGAGAAAGGAGGAGGCAAAGGAAGCACCACCUUUACGAAAUUCAUCCGCGCGUUCGUCGCGACCGCGUUCGUCUCUUGCGCUUUUAUCUUCCAGAAAGAGGAGAAAAAGAGGAAACAGGAGGAAGAGCAUGUGCGCAAUCGAUUGCGCUCGAAACCGAUGUCAAUCACGGAACACGGCGCCUGCCGAAUGGACUGUCGCUUCGUCUCCAAGAAAGAUAUCAAAGACGCCUUGAAAGAAGGUCGGUUAUCCAAACGACACUCCUCCUUCGACCAAAACAAGUUCGCAUUCGAAAAAGGUCGCGUUCGAGCGAUAUUCGCAGAAAGCGAGGGAAACGAGACCGUCAGUGUAGUGACAGUGAUUGACGUGGAGACCGAUCAUCCGUGCGGGCCGUGUUAG